AUGUCAGAUACAGUUCAAUAUGAAGACCUGAAAGAACAUGUAAGGAACCGAGGCAGACCUAAGAGAAAGAAAGGCAGCCAUAUGGUUGAGAAGCGAGAUGUAAGAAAGUGUAGCGUACAUUUUCCAAAGCCCAGGAUAAUGAAGGCAAGUAAAUCCAUUAAGUGUGGAAAGUACUUCCGAAAUAGAUCACAGCUCUUUGUGCACCAAAGAAUAAACAGAGCGGAGAAACCUCUUGAAUGCUUAGUAUGUGGAAAGAGAUUCAGUCAGACUGGCAUUCUUCAACUGCACCAAAGAACCCACACAGGGGAGAAACCUUUUGAAUGCUCAGAGUGUGGAAAGAAAUUCCGUAGGAGUGGCCAUCUUCAACAGCAUCAGAGAACCCACAUAACAGUGAAACCCUUUGAAUGCUCAGAGUGUGGAAAGAAAUUCCGUAGGAGUGGCCAUCUUCAACAGCAUCAGAGAACCCACAUAACAGUGAAACCCUUUGAAUGCUCAGAGUGUGGAAAGAAAUUCCGUAGGAGUGGCCAUCUUCAACAGCAUCAGAGAACCCACAUAACAGUGAAACCCUUUGAAUGCUCAGAGUGUGGAAAGAAAUUCCGUAGGAGUGGCCAUCUUCAACAGCAUCAGAGAACCCACAUAACAGUGAAACCCUUUGAAUGCUCAGAGUGUGGAAAGAAAUUUCACAGUAGCAGUCUUCAAGUGCAUCAAAGAACCCAUACAGGGGAGAAACCUUUUGAAUGCUCAGAGUGUGGAAAGAGAUUCAGUCACAGUGGCAUUCUUCAAUUACACCAAAGAACCCACACAGGGGAAAAACCUUUUGAAUGCUCAGAGUGUGGAAAGAAAUUCAGUAGGAAUGAUCAUCUUCAACGGCAUCAGAGAAACCACAUAACAGAGAAACCCUUUGAAUGCUCAGUGAGCGAAAAGAGAUUCAGUGAGAGUGGCACUCUUCAAUGGCACCAAAAAACUCAAAGAGAGGAGAAACCUUUUGAAUGCUCAGAGUGUGGAAAGAGAUUCCAUUAUAAUGGCUAUCUUCAGCUGCAUCAAAGAAUUCACACAGGGGAGAAACCUUUUGAAUGUUCAGAGUGUGGAAAGAAAUUCAGUAGGAGUUACACUCUUCAACAACAUCAGACAACCCACACAGGGGAGAAACCUUUUGAAUGCUCAGAGUGUGGAAAGAGAUUCAGACACAGUUGCAGUCUCCAACAACAUCAAAGAACCCACACAGGGGAGAAACCUUUUGAAUGCUCAGAGUGUGGAAAGAGCUUUUGCAAAGAGUCACAUCUUCGGGUGCACCAAAGAACUCACACAGGGGAGAAACCUUUUGAAUGCUCAGAGUUUGGAAAGAGAUUCAGUCGGACUUUACAUCUUCAACAGCAUCAGCGUACCCACACAGGGGAGAAACCUUUUGAAUGUUCUGAGUGUGGAAAGGGAAUCAGUGUGAGUGGCAGUCUUCAACUGCAUCAAAGAACCCACACUGGAGAAAAACCUUUUGAAUGUUCAGAGUGUCGAAAGAGAUUCAGUAACAGUGGUAAUCUUCAACUGCAUCAAAGAACCCACACAGGGGAGAAACCUUUUGAAUGCUUAGAGUGUGGAAAGAAAUUCAGUGGGAGUGACAAACUUCAUCUGCAUCAAAGAACCCACACAGGGGAGAAACCUUUUGAAUGCUCAGAGUGUGGAAAGAAAUUCAGUCAGAGUGAAAAUCUUCAGGUGCACCAAAGAACUCACACAGGGGAGAAACCUUUUGAAUGCUCAGAGUGUGGGAAGAGAUUCAGUCAGAGUGGUGCUCUACAAUCGCAUCGAAGAACCCACACAGGGGAGAAACCUUUUGAAUGCUCAGAGUGUGGAAAGAAAUUCAGUUGGAGUGGUGCUCUUCAGCAGCACCAAAGAUCCUACACAAAAGGGGAGAAACCUUUUGAAUGUUCUGAGUGUGGAAAGAGAUUUAUUCAGAGUGGUGAUCUUAAAAAUCAUCAGAGAACCCACACAGAGGAGAAACCUUUUGAAUGUUCAGAGUGUGGAAAGGGAUUCAUUCAGAGUGGCAGUCUUCAACUGCACCAAAGAACUCAAAUAGUGGAGAAACCUUUUGAAUGUUCAGAGUGUGGAAAGGGAUUCAUUCAGAGUGGCAGUCUUCAACUGCACCAAAGAACUCAAAUAGUGGAGAAACCUUUUGAAUGUUCAGAGUGUGGAAAGGGAUUCAUUCAGAGUGGCAGUCUUCAACUGCACCAAAGAACUCAAAUAGUGGAGAAACCUUUUGAAUGUUCAGAGUGUGGAAAGAGAUUCAGGUUGAGUGGCCGUCUUCAACAACAUCAAAGAACUCACACAGGGGAGAAACCUUUUGAAUGUUCAGAGUGUGGAAAGAGAUUCAGGUUGAGUGGCCAUCUUCAACAACAUCAAAGAACUCACACAGGGGAGAAACCUUUUGAAUGUUUAGAAUGUCGAAAGAGAUUCAGUUGGAGUGACAAGCUUCAACUACACCAAAGAACCCACACAGGGGAGAAACCUUCUGAUUGUUCAGAGUGUGGAAAGAGCUUCAGUCAGCAUCGCCAUCUUUGACAGCAUCUAAGAACACACACAGGGGAGAAACCUUUUGAAUGCUCAGAGUGUGAAGAGAUUCAGUCAGCAUCUCUGUCUUCAAUAGCAUCUAAGAACCCACAGAAGGAGAAAGCAUCCUUGGCUAGCCAUGAGGACUUGACUGUGGGAGAAACCGAGAAGGGAGCAUGGAGACGGGUCUCCCCGAGCCAGAAGAGGGGGAAAGCGGACAGGAGAGCAGAGGGUAGGAUCGUGGAGGGGAAGCUGGGGGCUCUGACAGAGCCGGCCCUCCAGGAGGCCGAUGCCCUAGGAAGGCCGGCCAGUCUGCCCAGUGUGGUGCAGUGUGGCACAAUGGAAGAGCUGCUCCGUCAGGUGGCUCCAGAGCAAGCGCACGCUGUUACGCCACAGUGCUGGGAGGACUCUUGGCAGCGGGUGUUACAAGCCAUGGGGACCCAGUUCUUGCCUUGUAUCUCCACGAAUGAAAACUUGCAGUCUAGGGAGGCCCAUUGUCUUCCGACGUGCUCGGAACCAGCAAGGACGUCUGAGGAGGUCCAAGGCACUGAGUUGGAAGACAUGGCUGCCAAGGUAGAGACCGGAUCCACGCUUGCUGUUCAGGCCCUGACAGAGCCGCCCCCCCAGGAGGCCGAUGCCCUAGGAAGGCCGGCCAGUCUGCCCAGCGUGGUGCAGUGUGGCACAAUGGAAGAGCUGCUCCGUCAUGUGGCUCCAGAGCAGGCGCACGAUGUUACGCCACAGUGCUGGGAGGACUCUUGGCAGCGGGUGUUACAGGCCAUGGGAACCCAGUCCUUGCCGUGUAUCUCCAGGAGUGAAAAGCUGGAGUCUAGAGAGGCCCACCGUCCUCCAACAUUCUUGGAACGAGCCAGGACAUCUGAGGGGUUCCUUACAGGUGUAGAUGCCUCUUCUGAGGCAGUGCCAGAAUGGUCACUCUCACUGAACAACACGUGGGCGCUUAAAUUCCACCUGGAGGAUGAUAUUGAGGCCUACCUGGAGGCCUUUGAGGGAGUGGCCCACGCCUGCCAGUGGCCCAGAGAAGAGUGGGUUGCCCGGCUGAAGGCGUACCUGAGUGGCCAAGCUCUUCUGGCCUGCAGAGUCUCCGAGUGCCUCUCUACUCAGGACUACCACCUAGUGAAGGAGAGAAUCCUCAACCGGUACGGCGUCACUCUAGAGAAACAACGGCAACGCUUCAGGCAGUUCCGGUACCAGGAGGCUGAGGGGCCCCGAGAGGCGUGUAAGAAGCUGCGGGCACUCGGGCACCGCUGGCUGAAGCCAGAGAAACACACCAAGGAGCACAUCUUGGAGUUGCUGAUCUUAGAGCAGUUCCUGACGAUCCUGCCACAGGAAAUGCAGAGCUGGGUCAGGAAAUGUAGCCCCGACACCUGUGCCCAGGCGGUGGAUCUCGCCGAAAGCUUCCAGCUGGGAAAGCAGCCACCGGUGCCGUUCAGAGAGGUCUGCGUGAAGUUCACCGACACCGAGUGGGCCUUGCUGUCAGAGGAGCAGAAGGCGUUGUAUUGCGAGGUCAUGCUGGAGAACUUCCGGAAUGUGUCCACACUGGGAAAUGCACUGCUUCUAGCCUUUAAGAAACUGGUACUGGAGAAGAGGCCUGAGACAAAGAGGGCCCAAACAGUGGGGACGGGAGAAUCCAUGGCAAUGGAAGCAAGUCAGGAGUGUUCAGGCCUGGUGGAUCUGGUUAACAAUGAGUUUCCCACUCCUGAGAAGCAGCAGUCUUCUAAACCCCACAAAAGGGGGCAUAAAAGGAUGUCCCCGAGAAGAAAUCGCCCCACGAAAAGGCAAGCAUCAGCCCCCAAGGGUAAAAAACUCAAAAGAAAAAUGCAGAAGACACCGCCGAUAAGCCAGCUUGCUUCCAGGCCCGAGAUGUCUCAGUCACCUUUGCAAGGAGAAACAUCUGGAGAGCAGGGAGCUAGCUCCACAACUGCAACUGCCAAGCCCCGUAAGCGCAAGAAGAGACCCGGCCCGCAGGACAGACCCCCAAAGCUGAAGAAGCAGCCGUCGUUGCAAGGUGAACCUCCCAAACUGAGAAAUAAACUAGAGGCAAGCAAUGAGCCCCCCAAGCUGAAGAAGGAACAGCCAUUGCCAGAUGACACACCUCCUGGGGAGAAGAGCCAGCCUCAGGGGGAGAAGAGCCAGCCUCAGGGGGAGAAACAGCCUCAGGAGGAGAAAGAGCCGCCGCCAUCCAUCGAGGUGAAAUUCCCCGAGACCACCAUCCCAAUCGUCACGUGGCACCCGCCGUUCAGUGCCACGGUGGCUUCAGACCUCGCGUGUCCGGAUUGCGGGCGGGCCUUCAGGCAGAGGGCCGAUGUGCGCCGCCAUCGGUAUGUCCACACCAAGGAGAAGCCAUACGCCUGCGCGCUGUGUGACAAGCGUUUCGGCCACCCGAGCAACCUGCACAUUCACCAGCGGACGCACAGCGGCGAGCGGCCGUACAAGUGCCCGGAGUGCGGGAAGGCCUUCACCCAGAGCUGCAACCUGCGGACGCACCGCAAGAUCCACAGCGGGAGCAAGCCGUUCCGCUGCUGCGUUUGCAGCAAGUCCUUCCUCCACCGCUCCAUCCUCAUCAUCCACCAGCGUGUGCACACCGGGGAGCGCCCCUACGCCUGCUCCGUCUGCCCUAAGCGCUUUGCGGACCGAUCUACCUUGGUGCAACACGAGCGCACGCACACAGGCGAGAGACCUUAUGCGUGCCAGGAAUGUGAGCGGAGGUUCAGCCAGCUUUCACACCUUGUCAAGCACACCCGUGUCCACCCAGGUGCCAGAGGGUCACCCCCCAAGUCGUCUCCGGGCCGAAGAACGUUCAUGCAGCCAAAUCCCAAAGACUUGCAGAAGAACACAAAGCAGCUGAUAAAUCGAUCAAAAACCCCACCUGAUCGACUACCAAAGUCUUCCUGA